ACCCCUAAAUUUUCCCCCUCCUGCGACGACUCCACGAGGAAAUCCCUAUAGAGAGAGAAAGUGGAGAGAGAAAGAGAGCUCGGACAUUAAUGGCGGAGGCGAAGAAGGAGAGGAAAUCGGGCGGCAGCGAGGAGAGCGUGAAGCUGUUCGUCGGGCAGGUGCCGAAGAACAUGACCGAAGCUCAGCUCCUCGCAAUGUUCCAAGAGUUCGCUCUGGUUGACGAGGUCAACAUCAUCAAGGACAAGGUCACGCGCGCCUCUCGAGGUUGUUGCUUCGUAAUAUGUCCGUCGAGGCAGGAGGCUGAUAAAGCGGUCAAUGCGUGUCAUAAUAAGAAAACUUUGCCUGGGGCAUCUACCCCGUUGCAAGUGAAGUAUGCAGAUGGCGAGUUGGAAAGGCUAGAACACAAGCUUUUUGUUGGUAUGCUUCCAAAGAAUGUUUCAGAAGCUGAUGUUUCUGCUCUUUUCUCUAAGUAUGGAACUAUAAAGGACUUGCAAAUAUUAAGAGGUUCUCAGCAAACAAGCAAAGGUUGUGCAUUUUUGAAGUAUGAGACAAAAGAACAAGCUCUUGCAUCCCUGGAGGCCAUCAAUGGAAAGCACAAAAUGGAGGGUUCAAGUGUUCCAUUGGUUGUCAAAUGGGCAGAUACAGAAAAAGAAAGGCAAGCUCGAAAAGCUCAGAAAGCUCAAUCCCAGGUUUCCAAUUUGCCAAAUUCCGAUAAUCAACAUCCUUCGUUAUUUGGAGCCUUGCCAAUGGGUUACGUUCCUCCAUAUAAUGGUUAUGGUUACCAGGGUCCUGGAACUUAUGGCCUCAUGCAGUACCGCCUCUCACCAAUGCAGAAUCAACCUGGCUUUCACAAUAUGAUACCUCCAAUAAACCAAGGAAAUGCAUUGCGUGGAAUCAGUCCUGAUCUUCCCCCAAAUAUGACCCCUAGAAAUUACGGUAUGCCGCCUCCAAAUUUUGUGGGAUCAGCUUAUCCUGGAAUGCCGGGCCUUCAGCAUCCAAUGGCAUAUCCAGGAGGAAUGAUGAGUCACCGACCUUUAAGUGGUUCACCUGGGUCCAUGCCACCAGCAGUUAUGAACAGUAACUCUGCAACAUCUCCAGGGUCAAGUAAAGGUUCCGGGGGUCAGGUUGAAGGUCCACCUGGUGCUAAUUUAUUUAUUUAUCAUAUACCUCAAGAAUUUGGAGAUCAAGAUCUUGCCAAUGCUUUUCAACCUUUUGGUAGGGUCUUAAGUGCCAAGGUUUUUGUCGAUAAAGCAACUGGCGUCAGUAAAUGUUUCGGUUUUGUAAGUUAUGACUCUCCCGAAGCUGCUCAAUCUGCCAUUAGCAUGAUGAACGGAUUCCAGUUAGGUGGUAAGAAAUUAAAGGUUCAGCUUAAAAGAGACAAUAAACAGAACAAACCAUAUUGAUUUGAAGGUGAUUGAUGGAGGAGGCAGGAUUCUUUAUAAAAAGUGGUUGAAGCAAGCUGGAUAAUCAGUCACUGCGGUAUCAGCUUCAUGGGAUGGAUUGAGAUGAUCUCUUCUUAUCGGCGGAUCUACAUCCUGCUUGUAAUUGCCUCGACAGGAAUGCACAUCCUGAAACUUGUAACUAAUGGUGCAUUUUGUGCCAAAAAAA